GAGUGCCGCUUACAUUUGAUCAACGAUGCAAGGGACAUGUGGCUGAAAUCGGUAAGAGAUAUGCUUUAAAAAGUAGACAUCACUUAGUUUAUAUAAAAGAUGACUAAGAAGAAAGAUGCGUUCAAUCGACAACUACAAAAGAGAAAACAAAAACCCAAGGUGAAAGAUUCCGUUUUGCGGCAAAGUUAAGGGCAAAGUGUUUUUUUUUUUUUUUUUCGUAGAGCUUCCAUUUGAACGCAGUGUAUGAGGAGGGGAACGAUUGUAUGGAGAUUUUCACAUAUAUUGCAGGCCUUUGUGUCGGAGAUGUGUACUAGGCGGCUUCCUUGUUCGGACGGCGCAUGUUGCCAAAAGUAACAUGUAGUUGAACCUGACAUUUUGCUUCGAAUAUGCACAAUUUGCUCAAGAACUAGCGGGAAAGUAAAUUAAAUGGACAAGAAGGUCGACAGUACCGAUGCGUCAUACCGGUCUGUGCCGGAUCAACAAUGUCAAAAUGUCGCUGCUUAAGCACGACAGCUGCGAACCUACGAAGUGUGCGCAAAUGACUAAUAUAGGCAGGAAAUGGUAUAUAUAAAUACAGGGGUGGCUAUACUCUCACGAGUCCGUUUUUCUAGAGGAACCUUCUAUGAUACGCCAUGCUGGCCUCUCAAAUAUUACGGAAGUGUGGCAUCAUUGCAACAUUGCUUCUGGUGAUUUUCGUCACCAGCUGUGACCUUAUAGACAUCGAUUGGGGAUAUGACACGGACGACUAUGAUUAUGUUCCUGGGAGAUCGUGCCAGACAAACUCCGACUGUGCGCCAUCUACGAAAUACUGUUGCCUGAUACAAAACCCUAAAUUCAAAUGGGGCAGCUGUAAUUAUCGAGGUGUACAAGGGUGGAAAUGCAGCAACAAGCUUUACAGGACUGUAGAGAAUAACAACUACGAGGCUCCAUACCUAUACUUCUGCCCGUGUGUGCAACCAGACUACUCAUGUCACCGGGAGCACGGUCUAGCAGAUGUCGGCACUUGUGUACCAUACGGUCCAGUGAAACGUGGUUGAUGCCCAAUGAAAAUAUUUCGCCAGCCCCAGAAAUAGGGGCUUUCAUAU